CAUCACAGAGGAGAAACAGUUCAUGGCAGGCACAAAAUAAAAAGGCAGCAAAGCAGUAAGACAGCAAGGAAGUAAGUGGCAAUAGCAGCCUUCUUUCUGUCCCUUAUAUUCUACCCAGGCUACACGCCCUUAAGGCUCACACCCAGGGUGAGCCUUCCCUUUGCCCUCAAAACUAUGCCAAAACAAUCAGUGGACUAAUUUAACAAUCACAUACGCUUAAUCUUGCAUCACACACUCUAGACCCAGCCACCUCGGAAAAUCCCCACAUGAGGCUUUGAGGGGACAUCUAGACACAAGACAUAACAUAUAUGCAGCACCCCAAAGAUGAGUAACUCAGAGAUGAUUAAAAUUUGGACUUUAUGUUCCUAAGUUAGUAGAGGAAAGAGAGAAAAGAAGAUUUAUGACUGGUUCAGUAUGGUACCAUCUUCUCAUCUCCAAAAAGAGGAAAUUGGGGUUGUUACCACAGAUCUAUAACAACUGAGUUAAAAUGUCAAGUUCUUUUGGGAGUCUCUGCUUUCAGACAGAUAAAGAAUUUCAGAAACUCAAAUGCCCCUGGCUCAAAAUGUUUCCUAUGUCCAAAGUGGCAUAUUUGGGGGUAGCAUAUCAUGAUCCCCUCCAAAAGAAACACUGGCUCCAAUUCCACUGAGGGUCCUAGCCCCCUAAUACCAAAAAAAAAAAAAAAAAAAAAUCACUUCUGCCUGCUCGGCUUGUGGUUGUUUUUAUGGUGUUGCAAUUUGGUUCAGUCUUCCUUACCAGUGUUUAAACGUAGUCACAUGCAGGAACUGUUCCUUCUGUAGAUGACUAAUGAGCCUAUACAGGACUCAAGCAGCCGGGAGAGAAGAGACCUAUCGUGAACUCUAGGGUGUAGCACAUAGAUGUGUGAGGCUUGGUGGUCCCGUCACUGAAUAGAUGACAACUAUGCCUGGGGCCAGGGAUGAGUCUUUUCACACACUGAUUUUAAGUUUAAACAUCUUGAUUUUUACUCAUCUUGAGCUUUGAGUUUUAAAUAACUGAGGAACCACCAAAUGUAUCUCCAUGUCUGGAGCCUAUACAUCUGGAUAAAAAUCUGGGAUUCAGCAGCUUACAGAAAGAAAAUAGCUAAUGCCAACGGAGAAAAGGAAAUGAGAUUUCCUUAAAACAUUUUUCAGGAAAAAAGUUAUUUCUGAUGCAAACAUCAGAACUUUUUAUAGCUUCUCCCGCACAGGGCCUUGGUAAAACAAUGAACAUGCUCACCAGUAAGACCCUCAACCCGUUUCGUAGGGCAGUUUCGGGCAGUGCCUUUCGGUAUAGAACAGGUGUCCUUCUGCAAAACCCAAAGCAGCAAACUUUGCUAGCAGGGAAGGGGCCGGUGCUCAGUCAGGACAGUUUGGACACUGAGUGCCGGCUGAAAAUAGGACGGCUUUGAGAGGAUCUGUGGAAAUGGAUUGCAGACUCUAUCUGCUCUAUGCGUUGUACAGUACAUUCAGCAGAACUUCGGACGGCGUGCAUGGGGAUUCACUGACCUCCACGAGACGGCUUGGCAGUAUUCUGACACCAAUUUUCCUAGGGUCCGAAGUCUGACUGAGUUGAAAUAUGGUGCCUAUUGGAACUAACAAAAGUGACUAAACUCAGAAAUUACAGCGAGCUUCUCCCUCCCUGCCCGCUUCCACCUGUACCCAGGAAGCCACUGCUUUCGCUGCUCUGCAGCAGCGCUGGGAAUUCUCUGGUUUGUAAGAUUCGGCGCAGGCGAAUCUUCCGCGCACCUCUGAACUCACAUUUGCCCUUCCUCUUUCUCGCACCAGACCGUUCCGUUUAUCCUCAACUUAUUGUCUUCCGGAAGCCCAGGCGUUGAAACAAAGGCUGCGGAAUCUGGAAGCUGUGUUGGAUCUAAAUUCUCCCAGAGACCACGGCGCACCAGUUAUUGAAAGGCAGAACGAAAGGAAGGGGUUGAGAAGAGACAGGAAAAAACCAGAAUGAGAAAAGCAACAGUCAGAGCGCCUGCAGAGGACAGCGGAGAGGGAAACAAAAGAAACAAGAGGCGGCGAGGGGGCGGGGCAACCAGGCUGCUUCCCGCCUGCGCCCUUCCAGUCCUCAAUCUGGUCCGAUCACCGUCUAUAUCCUCAGAGAGCCACGUUCUGCUGCGGCAGGGAGAGUUUUCAGUCGAGAGACCAUGUCUGGCAGAGGGAAAGGGGGCAAGGGUCUAGGCAAGGGCGGUGCUAAGCGCCAUCGCAAGGUUUUGCGAGAUAACAUUCAGGGCAUCACAAAGCCGGCAAUUCGGCGUCUCGCUCGCCGUGGUGGCGUCAAACGGAUCUCCGGCCUCAUCUACGAGGAGACGCGAGGUGUACUGAAGGUGUUCCUGGAGAACGUCAUCCGUGACGCUGUCACCUACACCGAGCACGCUAAGCGCAAGACGGUCACUGCCAUGGACGUGGUCUACGCGCUCAAACGCCAAGGCCGCACUCUGUAUGGCUUUGGCGGCUGAGUCUGCCUUGUCCACACUCUCAACGGCCCUUUUUAGGGCCACCCA